AUGCCUGUUCAACGCAUUGGCCAAUCCAUUCGUCUGCGCAGAGAGUAUGUCGAUGAAUACAUCAAGAUCCAUUCGGAGGUCUGGCCUGGCGUCUUGAAGAGGAUUGCAGGCAGCAACAUCCAUGAUUACACCAUCUUCUACGACAAACAAUCCAGCAUCCUGUUCGCCACGUUCAAGUAUACCGGCACUGACUUCGAUGCCGAUAUGAAGGCUAUGGCUGAAGAUGAAGAGACGCAGAGAUGGUGGAAGGUGACUGAUAAGAUGCAGGAGAGCCUGAACGAGGGUGCUACCAGCAGUGUCGACGGUGGCUGGUGGCGCGCGCUAGAUGAAGUGUUCCAUGUCGAGUAG